UCAAUAGCCAGCUGUUUGUGCAAAGUUGUUGUUUACUUUCGAUUUGGAAGAAAAUACACCAAUUUGUUCUCGCUGCACUAAACCCCCUCAGCAAGUUUUUAGUGCCGCCAUACAUCGAACUUUCCGUUGCCGUUUCCGCAUGGUCAGUUGAAUCAAGUACAACAGGAUGUGUGAUAGUAGGAUCCAACCGGAACUCCAGCUCUACCGGCUUCACAUAAUUUGCCUGCAUUUCGCUAACAAAGCCGUGGUUAAGCUGCCGUUUAAACACCGGGAUAACCAUCCGCGGCUGAAGACUAUCCGAAGCAUUGGGAAUCCGUUUGCGUUCUUCCCGACCAUGGGACUACCCGAUUUGCCUGGCCAACCGGAAGAUGAUAGUAAUUUUACUAUGGAUGAAAACAACACUGUCCACCUGGAACCGUUGAGCGAAGAUGAAAGUGACAACGAAUCUCUCGUCGAUGCCAAUGGUUAUGCCGGUUACCAACCAUUGAACAUGGACGAACAAAAUCAAACGAAUCGAAUGACAUCAGUAAUGGAUGAGGAAAUGGACACUGAUGCGGGAGAAGGGGAACCACCUGGACACGACGGAGGGAGUACUGUAAAUGCAGAAUUUCUAAAUGUGGACGUAUGGAAUGCGCCACGACCAAAUGAAUUGAGUAUUGAUCUCGAUUCCUCAAAAGCAGCAGAGCCGUACGUGCUUUUAGUGGUGUUCACGGUGCCUACGGUAUUUGUAUUAUUCAUUUCGAUCAACCAACGGUACACGACUGUCCGCAAGAAUGUGCGACUUGCGGGACAAGAAUUUAUUGCCACCUGCAAAAACAUUACCCUGCCAGUUCCGGUACUGAAGGCCACAACCACCAGGCCAAACAUGCUCCCUAAGGAAUGGUCAUCAGAAGGCUCGAACCUCCAUGGGACACGUUUUUGGUUCCUUACAAGUUGCACUCCGUUCCAUAGUGAACGUGAUGGCCGGUAUAAAGCUACCCACCACCGCCGUCCCCGAGUGGGCCCGAGGAGUACCGGAAGAAGAAUGGAAGGAAAAUUUACUACAGCGAAUCCGCCAACGACAGCAACCGGAUGUUGACGAUGGAUGUAGCACCUCCUUCACGGCGGUGGCAAGCACUUUUCCGACGAUCGCUAAUAGUAGCGGUAGUAGCACCAGCGGAGGCAGCAAUAGUCAUACGAGUAGAAGAACGUGAUUUAUGCGUCAAAUAUAUAUACGGAUUCAUGCCAAUAAUAGCAUCAGCUUUCCAUUCCUUGUGGCACCGCCUCUUAAAAGACGCCGAUGCUUGAUGGUAAUGUUAAACGCCGGUUGAAUUGAAUGUCUCUUUGCCGCUGAAGAAGUUCCCCGGCCCCACUACGUUUCACCCGACCGCCGAUCUCACCCCUUUCUCUCAAUGUACACAAUAAAGCGCACAGCUGCUCAUAUACGAGCAGAACCGAAA